AAAAAAUCCCGUGAAUUAGCUAGUGUUUUGGCCAAUUUGUGGAAGUUGAGUUACUGUUCACGUCGUGGUUACUGUUCACGUCGUGGUUACUGUUCAUGGGGUACUGUUCAUGGACACUGUUCACACCCCGAGGGCCAACAUUUAAUGGGAAUUUAAAUGAUUAGUUUGUGAUAUGAGAACGAAUUUGGAGAUGUCCGAUCAUGUGGAAAGUGAUAGAAAUAGCAUUGUGAUUAGGAAUGAUCCUAAUGAUGAUUUCAGCUUGAAUUUGUGACAGUCCGGUAUUAAUUCUUGAAAUAUUUUGAUUAGGUUCUUGAUUGUUCUGUCAGUUAGUACGUGAAUUGAGUGCUCGGUUUUAUGCAAGUGAAGUAAGUAAUUUAUGGUAAUGGCUGUACUGUUUUAAAAGCAUGUUUUGAUUUGUUUUUGAAGUGGUGGCGGGACUAAACCCGUUUUACACGAGCAUGACUGAUUUGAAGUGAAAUGUUUUAUACUUUUCAUUAAAUUGAGCAUGCCUACUUGAAAUUUAAGUGACUGUCCUGAUGAUCUGAAAGUGAUUAGCGAAUUAUGAUUUUUCUGUUAACUUCUGCCUGUUUUGUCUCCGAUAUGGUCAUGUUAUUCAUGUGCCCGCUAGUGGGAGGUUACAAACGCUAGCACAUGUCGACAUGUUAGUGAUAGAGCCGGUUCGUUCAACCCUGCUAGUGGGGGUUAUACACCAGCAACUCGUGUGCCCGCCAAUGGGAGAUUUAUAAACGCUGGCCGUGACCUAUAGAGGAGACGUCUAUUUCAUUCCCGUACUGUAUCCGUUUUGCGUGAUUGCACAUGUGGCAUGCUUUAAGUUUGAUAAGGGGCACUCCAUAUUUACUUACUGAGUUUAUCUCAUAGUUUUUCUUUGUCCACCAUUUCAGGAAGUGAAACCGAGGACGGGAAACCACAGGAAGUGACGAGUUAGAAGGCUAGCCAUAUUGUAAUUGGAUAUGAAUUUUAGAAACAAUUCAUGAUCUUGUAUUUGGAGAUUUUAUGAUA